AUUCCCCCCCCGAUUUUGGAGCCACCUCAAAGGACCAUGGCCAUGCAGGUCACACCAGCCCUGCUUGUGAGGAUGCUGCUCCUGGUGACCCUGUACGGGUGCGGGCUCCUAAGCGCUGUCCACUCACUUACUAUGGAGGAGAUUGGCAGUCUAGUUCAGGGCCCCCUCUGGAAUCAGAGUAACAUCACUCUCUCCUAUAAGCAACUGUCAGGUCCAAUUCCCCCUGAGCUCGGCAGCCUGACCAACCUCACCACGCUCGACCUUUCCAGAAAUACAUUAUCAGGUCCCAUUCCCAACGAGCUCAGCAGCUUGACCAACCUCACCACGCUCGACCUCUACUACAACAGCUUGUUGUCCGGCCCCAUCCCCGCGUGGCUCGGCAACUUGACCAAGCUCAGCUACCUUGAUCUUUCUCAAAACUAUCUCUCGGGCCCCAUCCCCCCCGAGCUCAGCAGGCUUUCCAACCUCAACAUGCUCGACCUCUCCAGCAAUAGUUUGUUGUCGGGCCCCAUCCCCCCGGAGCUCAGCAACUUGAUCCAGCUUACCUCCCUUGAUCUUUCUUACGCUAAUCUCUCGGGCCCCAUUUCCCCUGAGCUUGGCAGCCUGCCCAACCUCACCACGCUUUACCUCUACGCAAACAAAUUGUCCGGCUCAAUCCCCCCCGGACUCAGCAACUUGACCAAGCUCACCUAUCUCAGUCUUUCUACAAACGACCUCUCCGGCCCCAUCCCCCCUGAGCUCGGCAGCCUGCCCAACCUCACCUACCUUGAUCUCGGAUCAAACAGCCUCUCUGGUUCAAUACCCCCCCAGCUCGGCAGUCUGAGCAAGCUUACUUGGCUCAAUCUUCGUUAUAACACCCUCUCCGGCCCCAUCCCCGCUGAACUGGGCAGCUUGACCAGCCUCACCGACUUAUACCUCUCCAACAACAACCUCUCCAGCCGAAUGCCCCCUGAACUUGGCAGCCUGACCAGCCUCACCACAUUAUACCUCUACGCGAACGCCCUCUCCGGCCCAAUUCCUCCUGAGCUCGGCAAUCUGACCAACCUCUAUUACUUAGACCUCUCCAACAACAGCCUCUCCGGCCCAAUUCCUCCGGAGCUUGGUAGCCGAACCAAGCUCGUGUACUUCUUCCUCAACAACAACGCCCUCUCCGGCCCAAUUCCUCAUGAGCUCGGCAGACUGACCAACCUCACCUACUUACGCCUCUCCAACAACAGCCUCUCUGGCCCAAUUCCUCCAGAGCUUGGCAGCCUGACCAAGCUCAAGAACUUACACCUUUGA